AUUGUCAAUAUCGAUAAAAGCCCCUCAAAACACACUCUCUCUCUCCUCUUGAUACUCGCAAUACCCCACCUUUUCCCGAAGACACUGCGGCCAUGGAUACGGUGGAGAAGCUGGUGGCGCAAAUCCAAGGGCUUUCUGGUAGCGUCGGAGAUUUGAAUCAACUCCACCAUAUCCUCAAACAAUCCGAAGACUCCCUUCGUCUCAAUUCUUCUCGCUUGGCCCCUUUCCUCCAUCAGCUCGACCCUUCCGUUCACUCUCUCGGAUAUCUUUACUUCCUGGAUGCUUACACAUAUUCAGUAUCAAGAGAUGGAGCUAAUGAGGUGGCUCUUUUAUUGGCCAGAUUUAUUAGUUCUUGCCUGGCUGAACAGAUCCGACUUGCACAUCAUAAAUUUAUAAGUGUCUGCAGGAGGUUUAAGGACCAAGCUAUAGUGCUUUCAGAGCCCAUGAGAGCUGUUGCCCCAAUGCUGAUAGCCAUCCGUAAAAUUCGGCCUUCUUCCGAACACCUUACAACUCUGCAUCCUGACUUUCUCCUUCUCUGUAUUUUGGCAAAAUGCUAUAAGACCGGUCUAUCUGUGUUAGAGGAUGAUGUCUUUGAGGUUGAUCAGCCGAAGGACCUUUUUCUUUACUGUUACUAUGGGGGAAUGAUUUGUAUCGGACUAAAGCAAUUCAAGAAAGCAUCAGAGUUUUUCCACAACGUGGUUACUGCUCCUAUGUCUACAUUAAAUGCAAUAGCUGUUGAAGCAUACAAAAAGUACAUAUUGGUUUCACUAAUUCACCGUGGGAAGUUCAACACUCAUUUUCCAAAAUAUACAUCUACGGUUGCUCAGAGGAGUUUGAAGAAUUUCAGUCAGAUCUACCUUGAACUAGCAAACAAUUAUAGUAAUGGGAAUUUGGCUGAUCUAGAGACAUUUGUUCAGGUGAACAAGGACAAGUUUGAAGGGGAUAACAAUCUUGGGUUGGUGAAGCAGGUUGUUUCAUCCAUCUAUAAGCGAAAUAUCCAGAGAUUGACUCAAACCUACUUGACUUUGUCCCUUCAAGAUAUAGCCAAUACAGUGCAAUUGAACAGCCCCAAGGAAGCAGAGAUGCAUGUGCUUCAAAUGAUUCAAGAUGGUCAUAUCUAUGCUACAAUCAACCAGAGAGAUGGAAUGGUUCAAUUCCUUGAGGACCCAGAACAGUAUAAGUCGUGUGAGAUGAUUGAACAUAUAGACUGCUCCAUUCAGAGGAUAAUGGUUCUAUCAAAGAAACUAGCUUCUGUAGAUGAACAGAUAUCGUGUGAACCACUGUACCUGACAAAGGUUGGGAAAGAACGGCAACGCUUUGACUUUGAUGAUUUUGACAGUGUGCCCCAAAAAUUUAACAUUUGAGUCAAGAAUGCUCCAGUCUUGGUGCAUUGCUCACAGUUGUUUUGUCUGUUUAUAUAGUUCAGAGAACAGAUCAACUGUUUAGGUAGGAACUUUUGGAUCAUCUUCCAAUAUUCAAAUAUGAUUAACGUUUUUGCUCAAGUGUCAUCCGCCUUUGCUUCCGUACAGUCCAUUACAGGAUAAUGAGAAUGUUGUUGGUGUUACAUUUAAAUGUUCAACGCUACAAUAUGUGGCCAUUGAUGUACUUGUGAGUUUCUUAUGGUUAUCUUAUGGUCCUUUGACAAUCA